CCGAAAAAAUAAUCAACAACGCAACCCCCCGAGUUACCGCACCUUUUUUCAUUUUUCAUUUUUAUUUUUUCCUGAUCCUGCAACGUACACCUUAGCGCAUUGACCAUCCGAUUAGGUAGUUGCCCCCCGGACUUUUUCUUACUUUCGCACACAAUCAGCCAAAGAAGGAACCCACUCUCUCACAUAUUUAAUCAAGUCUCCCCCCACCCCCUCCAAUCCGUUUUCUCUUUUCCACAUUACAACAUCAAUCCGCAUUCGCCUUCAUCACCAUCAUCACCAUCAUCAUCAUCUAAUUAAACCAUCCACAAAACCACCACUUCCAUCAACUUUUUCAUCACCAAACCAAUCCCCAACAAUCACCAUCUACAAUGGCCCGCACUAAGCAGACCGCCCGUAAGUCCACCGGUGGCAAGGCUCCCCGUAAGCAGCUCGCCUCCAAGGCUGCCCGCAAGUCCGCCCCGUCAACCGGUGGUGUCAAGAAGCCUCACCGCUACAAGCCUGGUACCGUCGCUCUUCGUGAGAUUCGUCGCUACCAGAAGUCGACCGAGCUUUUGAUCCGCAAGCUCCCCUUCCAGCGUCUGGUUCGUGAAAUCGCCCAGGAUUUCAAGUCCGACCUCCGCUUCCAGUCUUCCGCCAUCGGUGCUCUUCAGGAGUCCGUCGAGUCUUACCUCGUCUCCCUCUUCGAGGACACCAACCUGUGCGCCAUCCACGCCAAGCGUGUCACCAUCCAAUCGAAGGAUAUCCAGCUUGCCCGCCGCCUCCGUGGUGAGCGCAACUAAGCUGCCAACUUACGGUCUUGGUGAUAACACAUUUGUGACACAUGGGGUUUGGUUCGGGAAUGCAGCACUUUUUAUGAUUCCCCACAGGGAUGGCAUGAUGAAUUCGGUUUACAGGGAAUGGUAAUCAUUACGGCGUUUGCGAAUACGUUGCUUUUUUAUCUGCUACUACAGAUAUGGAUUGUACCAUCAGUGAUAAAGGCAGUCGGCUCUGUUUUUGUUCUUCCGCUGCCGCCCAUACUGAACAGAGAAAUCUGAAAAUAACAUGAACAAACAAAACCACAUUUCUUGUGUCCUUUCCAUUGCCCGCGAGUGACUUUUCCCCAAAUGUAACUAUCGCUACGUACUAGUUUACGAAAUCAUACCGCGUAUGCCUUAUGCCUUGAAAUGUUUCUGCCUAAUACUCGUGAUUAGGUGGUAGUUACCACCUAGUGCUGAUAGCAC